AAAACCUUUUGUUAUACCCCAAUACCACGCGCUUUGUCUUUACAUAAACGUACCGUGUCGUACACGAGCCAAUUAUUUUUUUCAACAACUCUGAGAGAGCUCAAACAAACUCGAUCCCCCUUCACACAAUUUAUAUAUAUAUAUAUAUUAUUCAUUUGACUUCAUUAUUCUUAAGCCAUAAAUAUUAGUAAUUGCUCUCUCAAAGCUUGACUUUCGAGGAGCAAUUCAAUAUCAAUAUGAGUCUUUCUGUGGCACAGGGUUUUACGAAGUCACUAGCGAUGACUGUACUGUCUGAGAUCGGAGACAAGACUUUCUUCGCCGCGGCGAUCUUGGCUAUGCGUCAUCCUAGGAGACUCGUCUUAUCAGGUUGCCUUGGGGCUUUAAUUGUAAUGACCAUUCUGUCCGCCGUCGUUGGUUGGGCUGCUCCCAACUUGAUCUCCCGUAAAUGGACCCAUCAUAUUACAACACUGCUGUUCUUGGGAUUUGGAGUAUGGUCUUUGUGGGACGCAUUCCACGAUGGGGACGAUGAGGAGUUGGCUGAAGUUGAAGCACAGCUGGACGCUGAUCUAAAAGCUAAUGGUGGAGCAACUAAGGAGAAGAAUCAGGAUUCUGACGAUUUAAAGAAGCAGAGGCGGCCUCUUCUCGCUCAAUUCUUCUCACCCAUCUUUCUGAAGGCAUUUUCAAUUACCUUCUUUGGUGAAUGGGGUGACAAGAGCCAGCUUGCUACCAUUGGUUUGGCUGCCGAUGAGAAUCCACUAGGAGUUGUUCUUGGCGGAAUACUGGGACAAGCUUUAUGUACUACAGCUGCUGUCCUAGGAGGAAAAAGCCUCGCAUCUUCAAUAUCCGAGAGAAUAGUGGCACUUGCUGGUGGAUUUCUAUUCAUUGUUUUCGGAAUUCAGUCCAUCCUUUCACCAGUCGAGUAACCAUGGCAUUUUAUCUUAUGAAUAGUUACCCGGUUCUCCGGAAGUGAACGAUGGUCUAGUUGCACCCGAUAUGAAGGUACAACGAUUAUAUAAAAGCAAAAAAGUCGCGAAAACACUAUUCAAUUGUUCCAUUAAUUUAGACUAAGGCUCCGGGUUUGGCCCAAGGCGGACAACCACUAUUUUUAACCCUUUCACCGAAAGUCAAAUAUGUAGACAAAUUGCAAUGGACAGUAGAUACUAUUUAUUUGCUUGUGACAAGCUUGUUUUCAUGAGCCCAUUGCACCAUUUUUAUGUACUAUGGUUGUUUAUUCUUCAA